CGAUGUUUGUAUUCAUAAUUACAAACCAGUCGUGCUUGAGUGUGCUCGUGCGACGCUUUGAUUCAGAGUGUGUGAAACAGUUUUGCGAACUUACGAAUUCCACGUUUACAAAAACUAAUCAGUUGAUCAGAGUCAGUUAAUAAACAGCUUGCUUCUUCAAACUGAGUCGCACAUUACAAAUCGGGCACGAGGGAUAUCUGUCAGAUAAAGAGAUUACAUUCCCUGUAGGUGAAGAGCUAGCGAGUAGCGGGUUUGCUACGAUUUAUCUGUGCGUUUCCAGGAGUUGAAAUGGCAACCACGCCACAGCCGAUACGGCAAGACAGCAAUCAGGGCAAGGAGACAGAUUGUGCAAAUGUUGUGUUGUUUCAUUCCAAUGUACCAGUUGUAAGUGUGGAGCGAGGAACAACGUUUGGUUUGAUAAAAAUGCUGUAUGAAUCGAUAGGCGGGAAUGGUAAAAUCAUUGGCUUGAAGCAGCGACAAAAUACUUCCAGUUUGGCUUUUAUUAUAACACAAGAGCAGACCAAUUUGACAGAGCAAGAAUAUGACAUUAUUCUACAUGGUGGGAAUAAAUCAGCAGAGACAAAUUUAGAGACGAAAUCAACUAAUAAACAUGACAAAGAGAUAAACACGUACAUUUCAUUGCGACCGGACCAAAUGUGGUACCCGGCUUGGGCAGAUUCAUACUCCGCUUCAACCAGACGUUCUUGGCAAAAAACGCCAGACGACAUUGUAAAUCAUGUUGAAACCACAACAAAAAGUGGUAUUUAUUUGAGCGAGAAAAUGGAUAAAGAACGUAAGAACAUCGAAGGCUUUCCUGAUCACUUCAACGUGCAAACGCGGCAAAAAUUCGUGCCAGUGGAAAGCACCUUUGAGUAUUUGGCGAGCCGUAAAGAAGUGAGAAUUGAUUGCACGACGAGAGACGAGAACAAUGAAGAAAAACGUGUUGCUUUUCUCCGAGAUAGCACGUCUCCUAGUACAGCGAGUAUUGAUAGUCCUGGAGGGUCAUCUCAAAAUUCCCCACACCAUCAGGCCGAGCAAUCUCGCCCUGUCAAACGAAAAUUGCAAUGUUUCUAUUGUAAGAAGUUCUUCGUUUGCCGCAGCGCCUACAACAACCACGAGAGAACGCACACCGGAGAGAAACCAUUCCAAUGUAGUGUCUGUGGUCGAUGCUUUGGUCACCAAGGCAACUUGAAGCAACACAUGCACAUCCAUCGUGAGGUUAAGCCGCAUGUUUGUGAUAUUUGUGGCCGUGGUUUCACCCGCUCAAACAGGCUACGGGAUCAUAAACGUUCACAUCAGUAUGAGCUCUUCAUGCAGACAAAAGUUCAGUGGACAAAAGCACAAAAGGUUUCGCCGGAGAAUCACGCUGACAAUAUUCAAAUUGUAUCCCAAACAUUCGAGGAAUCCGUUACAAGCGAUGAAAACCAGGACACACCGUGAUUGAAAACACCUGAUCCGAGUUGAUCGGUUUCUAUGCACGUAAGGCCCUGUAAAACGCCGUGCAAUUUUCUUUGCAACUUCCAAUGCACGUCUACUUUUAAGAGAUGUAAAUUAGUGAAGAUUCUUCAAAAUGUAAGUGUAACAAGGGUGAAAAGAAUGUAAUAACAUUGCUACAAUUUUAUUGCAAGUUGCAUGAAAAUUGCACCCUUAACUCUUGCGUGCUUGUCUGUAAAAUAGCUACUUUUUGGCACUUGCGGUAGAAUUGCAUAGUUUAGACUAUAGAAUAUUUUCAAAGAAUUCACUAAUAAUUGGCCCAAAGCGAAUAACACAAGGUAUCGGUAUUUUACGGAAAUUCUUUAAAUGAAUGUUAAAGAAAUUAAGAAAUAGCAAACGCACCAUUCUAAACCUGUAAAUAGUAACCAGCGACUUGCUGACUAAGGGUCCUCUUGUACUCUUUAAUAAAUUGUUCAUAUUAGUUAUCGAAAAUUGUAAAUAUAACUCCUAAUAUCUAAUUUUCUGUGUCCAGUCACCCCAGUCCGUGCUAAUAACGCCUUUCUACCGUACGUAUUAUAUUUCCCAAGUGUUUAUGAGUCAGUCUUGUAGAAUUCAUAUCAAUUUUAUGUUGUAAUGUAACUCAAGAGACAUGUUGACUAUGUUAAAUUGUAUAAUAAAAAUAC